GUUUACACCCUCCCUCCACCACUAGCUGCUUCUGAAGAUGGGAUCCUGAGGCUGGAGCUGCGAAUAGCAACAGAUGGCAGCUACAGCUGGUGGUACAGGGACAGUGGCUACCCCAUUCAGAGAAUCCUUCAGGAGUCGGUGUUUGUUGAGGUUCGUGUGAAGGAUCGCACUGACCCAAUGAUAGUCCUGAGAUUGCGUGACUGCUGGGCAACCCCUGUGCCAGCCCCUGACCAUGAGGUGCAGUGGAGUCUCCUGGUGGAUGGGUGUCCCUAUGAAGGUGAUGACUAUCUGACCCUCCUACACCCAGUAGGUGUCUCUUCUGGCCUGCAGUUCCCAACCCAUCACAAGCGGUUUGAAGUGAAGACGUUUGUUUUCUUGGAUGGAGUGUCUGAGCAGCCCCUCUCUGGACAGGUUUACUUGCACUGCAGUGCUGAGGUUUGCUCUCCCUCUGCUCAGGAUGACUGUACACCCAGAUGUGGUCCAAGGACACGCAGGAGUGCUCUCCUCCAUGAGGGGACCUUGGUAAGUGCUCCUGGUCCAGUUCUCCUGGAAGUUGAGAACAGCCA